AUGUCGGAGGUUUUACUGCAUGGCGAUGCGGCAUCUUCGGAGCUCUAUCGCAAAUGUUUCUUCAAGGGGAGUAGACAUGUCGUUUGCUUCUACAACGCGCCGCCGCUUGACGGCGAGGUCAACCUGCGGAGCUUCCAGGAGAUCGCUGCAAAGCGUGUUGCGCUUCUGCAAUUCAUAGAGUCGCGGACCAGCUUCCGUCACAAGCGUUCAGAUCCCAAGGCCGACCAUGUUUCUGACAUAGAAGCUAAGAUGGAGGAGCUGGGCUUCAUGCUGCCCUCCCCAGUGUUCGACAAGGAAGACUUGGACAAGUUCCUGCCGAUAGCUCAGGCUGAUGUCAUUUCGCACUUUAUUCUACGUCUAGCUUUUGGGAAGGCAAGAGACAGGCGCGACUGGUUUGUGCGCAACGAACAGCGCCUGUUCGAUUUUCGCCUCGACCGUCUGCGUGACGUGAAGAUCCGCGACGUUGAGACUCAGAGCAAGCUGGAAUACUUUUUGCAUACCCAGGGCAUCGUUUACGAAAGCGUCGCGAUGCCCACAAUGUUCACCGGCUCAAACAGCAAGAACGACCAGCUCCAACAAUUUCAUGAGAUGGUCAGCUUUCGCAACGACGCAGCAAAAAUAGACAAGCUUUACAUCGCACCCUUUUAUCCUGACGCUAUGCAACUCGUGCGCUCUCGUCAGGUUGUUUUGAAAAACGGUCAGGCAUAUGUUCCCAACACAGUGCUCCACGUACUGUGCUCCUCUCGUUUCCGUCACCAGGUGCUGAACUCUUUCCGCUCACUCGACGAGUCCGGCAGCUUGGAGUCUGCUCUGCCAUUUGUGGACGAACGCCUGUCCGGAUUUAUGCGCGUCCUCCCCGAGUCGUAUCUGGCCGUCGACCAUUCUCGCGGCUCCUUCAAGUCGGACGGCAGCGAGAGCUUGAGUCUUGCCAACAUCAAUAGCGUGUUCGCGCUGACAUUCCCGCCCUGCAUGCGCCGCAUUUUCACCCAUUACAUUCGCAGCCGGCAUAUAAAGUACAACGCCCGCCGCCAGUUUUGGCUGUUCUUGAAGGGCUGCGGGAUGUCGCUGGAGGAGAAUCUCCACUUCAACCGCAACCUCUGGGACGACCCUACCAAUUUCGAGAAGGAGCAUGUCUACACAAUUCGCUACAUGUACGGCAAGGAGGGCCGUCGUGUCAGCAGCCCUCCUCUAAGCUGCGCGUCGAUCCUCCGUAGCUUGCCCAUACCGACGGCCGGCCAGGUCCACGGUUGUCCCUUCCGCGAUUUUGACUCGGAUGGGCUUCGCGGACUGCUCGAGGAUUUCGGCCUGACCUCGGAGCAAAUAUCGCCUAUCAUGGACCUCAAAUCCACCCACCAGUACCAGUUGGCGUGCAUGGAGUACUUUUCGCAGACAUCGCCGAACGGUUCCACUGAGGGUGUGGGCACCCAUCCCAACGUGUUCUUCCGUAACAGCUUCAAGUUGCACUACGGAAUCCCGGACGCUCCAGCACAAUAG